AUGCACGAAUUCGAGACUGAAGCCCUCACGGUCCUGACUGGACGCACGAAUGUACGACCAACGCGAGUUUGCGGUCGCUCGCUGGGUGCUGUAGCUCGGAAAUGCCGGUCGAGGCUGAACGAGAGACUGAAUGAAAUGGCCCAAAAGGACCGACCGAUCGAUCGAUCGACCAACCGACGUGCUGGACGGCUCGUUGUUGUAGCUCUUUUGCGGGCGUGGCUCGGUUUCUGCCCCGUUUCACAGCGCCACCGGCUGGUGCAAGAGUGGCUGUCUUUGCGGAAGCAGACUGUACACGCGGCGUUCACUCGAGACUGCAAGGCUCUCGUUAGCGGCACGUGCUUGCUGUAUGGAGAUGCUGCAACUCGAGAGGAGCGUUCGCAACCAAUUGGCAGCAGACGGUCGAGCGUGUCAAUCCUCGUUGGGAAGAAACAGCGGUGCAUUGAGAGCAAGAGUAGGAUCAUCAACCCCCUGGCAGGCACGUACUUCAAGCUCGUGAGUCAAUUUCGGCGAUGCGAUGCUCAGGUCAAGAGCAGCGCGACAAGUGGAUAG